UAGCACCAUUCGGUUGGCAUUGGUGCACGCAUAGUGGCUAGUUUACGAAGUAACAAACCAUGUUAACACAAGUUACACUUGGAUUAUUUUGCAGGUAUGUCCACGAAGCGGCGCUGUAAGCAUGGCGGACAGGGAGCAGAAGCGCACAGCGAGUCUGUCAAACUCGUGAGUCAUGACCGAAAGUGCGCGAGUUGAGUUUAGUAACGAUGUGGCUGCUUUGCUGGCUGAAGAUGUCUGCUACCGGUUUAGGGAAGCCACACAGGUACACAAUGAAGCAGUUACAAAAUCAAUGGAGAUUGUUAGUGUGGCCAGAAGCGAAUAUAUAUUUUUAAACUAACGAGAAAAGAGGCACGAUCUCUAAGCCAAAGAGAUUCGCUGCAGACGGACGAGCCCCCGUUCGCUGGUUCUAGCAGCGAAGAGGGCGAACCGGAUGAGUCCGAGCCAUCCACUUCCACCGAUGACAGCUCUCUGGGUGGACAAGAACAGGUGGUCGGACCAGGCCUCACCUCCAAACAAUGCUGGCAGAGACCCUAUCUGAGACCCGGACGCAGAUUCGUCGCUAUGUGAAUGGAUCUUUACUGGAUAUGUUAGUGCAGGCUGGGCCAUAUCAGGAUAAGGUGGGGAAUUUACCAAGAGUUGAGGGGCAACGAAAAUGUUCGGUGGCCCACUACAAUAUGAUGGCGAACGGGUAGAGAGUGGAGAUACCAUGGCUCGUUAAUUCCAAGCAAAACAAUGCGGCCUAAUGUUUUUGCUGUUUUUCACAUGAGGGCAAAUCUGCGCUGGUCAUGGAUGGAACCAGGCACUGGAAGAAUCUGUGCCACCUCACUAGAUAGUAUCCAGAGGUGGAAGGAGCUGGAGAUCAGGCAAACUAUCGAUGCCCAAGCCCAACGGGGUAUUGACAGAGAGACUCUCUAUUGGCCGUAUGUGCUGCAGAGGCUCAUAGCCCUGAUAUGUGUAAUGGCCACCCAAAACAUUGCGCUACGUAGGACCAGGCUGAACGAGCCAAAUAAUGUGAACUUUCUGAAGUUUGUUGAAAUGCUGGAUUUCUUUGAUUUGAUUUCAGGACCAUGGACAGCUACGGAGAGAAAACAUCGCUGACUGCAAUGCAGCAUCACAGCAGAGGGAAGAGAACACUCUAGGCGGGCCACGAAUUGAAGAAAUGCUGAAAUGUAUGUUGGACAAUCAAAUUAGGUAUGUAAAUAAACCAAAUUUGGUAAGACUGGGUCAUUGACAGAAAGCGUAUUUUACACUGCUCCAGCAAAACGAGGCCCGCCAUGCAUUUAUGAAAGCACUUGUUUGCAAAGCUCAAAUUAUCUCACUCUUUUUACAGUUCUAAAGGAAUAUUAAAUGAUAUGUUAGAUAUGUUAAAUAAAAGUGUCAUUUUUAUUGUAAUAUCAGAUGUCAUAUUAUUAGUAAGAAAGUCUGUUUACUACUAUAGGCAGCUGGCUGAAUAGUGAUUGAAACAUUGUAACUCUGAUGCAGGGGUUAAAGUAAAAUUCAUUUUUUGCCCGGUAAGGGACCUACUAUAUGUGCACGCUCGCACCAACUAUUUUUAUGGGCCAAAUCAUAUAAUUACAUGUAGAAUUGGAGCCUAUUUCGUCCUAUUCAAAAACGUGGUAGACCUACCUGUUUGACAAACACUAUUAUGCUGUCCAUAGAUGUCGGUAUAGCCAAAUCCUCCAAUACUGUCCCAUGCACUCCUUAAAUACAUAUGAAGUCAGAAGUUUACAUACACUUAGGUUGGAGUCAUUAAACUCGUUUUUCAACCACUCCACAAAUUUCUUGUUAAUAAACUAUAGUUUUGGCAAGUCGGUUAGGACAACUACUUUGUCCAUGACACAAGUCAUUUUUCCAACCAUUGUUUACAGACAUAUUUUUUCACUUAUAAUUCACUGUAUCACAAUUCCAGUGGGUCAGAAGUUUACAUACACUAAAUUGACUGUGCCUUUAAACAGCUUGGAAAAUUCCAGAAAAUGAUGUCAUGGCUUUAGAAGCUUCUGAUAGGCUAAUUGGCAUCAUUUGGGUCAAUUGGAGGUGUACCUGUAGAUGUAUUUCAAGGCCUACCUUCAAGCAUGAUAUCAUGGGAAAAUCAAAAGAAAUCAGCCAAGACCUCAGAAAACAAUUGGUUCAUCCUUGGGAGCAAUUUCCAAACUCCUGAAGGUACCACGUUCAUCUGUACAAACAACAGUACGCAAGUAUAAACACCAUGAACACAGCCGUCAUACCGCUCAGGAUGGAGACGCGUUCUGUCUCCUAGAGAUGAACAUACUUUGGUGCAAAAAAUGCAAAUCAAUCCCAGAACAACAGAAAAGGACCUUGUGAAGAUGCUGGAGGAAACAGGUACAAAAGUAUCUAUAUCCACAGUAAAACGAGUCCUAUAUUAACAUAACCUGAAAGGCCGCUCAGCAAGGAAGAAGCCACUGCUUCAAAACCGCCAUAAAAAAGCCAGACAACAGUUUGCAACUGCACAUGGGGAUAAAGAUCGUACUUUUUGGAGAAAUGUCCUCUGGUCUGAUGAAACAAAAAUAGAACUGUUUGGCCAUAAUGACCAUUAUUAUGUUUGGAGGAAAAAGGGGAGGCUUGCAAACCGAAGAACACCAUCUCAACUGUGAAGCACGGGGGUGGCAGCAUCAUGUUGUGGGGGUGCUUUGCUGCAGGAGGGACUGGUGCACUUCACAAAAUAGAUGUCAUCAUGAGGCAGGAAAAUUAUGUGGAUAUAUUGAAGCAACAUCUCCAGACAUCAGUCAGGAAGUUCAAGCUUGGUCGCAAAUGGGUCUUCCAAAUGGACAAUGACCACAAGCAUACUUACAAAGCCACCAUUUUAAAGUCAAAUCAAUGCACAUUCUGUGUUUAUGAGAUGUAGUAACAUUUAUAGUGACUAUGAUUUGUUAUCCUACUUGUGAACAUGUCUUAUCUGGACAGGAAAGGGAACCGGGAAGUUUAAGGUACAGUUAAGGGCUCUGAGUAAAUGUGAACAUUGAGUGAGAUUUACUCCCAUAGCUUUUGCAGAGUUGUUGAGCCCUCUCUUUGUUCACAUUAUCCGGUGCUGUACAAACUCUCUCUGAGCAUCUACUUAAGUACCAUCAGCAGAUCACCUGGGUCAUACUAGGAGAGGACCCACCCCUUAUGAAGGCACACUACAGUUUUUCCCUGAGAUCUCCAUGUAAUACAACUCAAUUGAAUGGAGAAACGGUUGAAAUCGCUCUAACAUGUACUCCAUGGAGGAUGAACUAUUUAUUCUACAGGUGGCUUUGCUGGGUCUCCAGUCCAACUGUAAGAUUGCUGCCCUCCUGCAAUAUUUUGUACAUGUCAUCAGUGGGGUGAAGUCUGUUCUCCUCUCAUCCACUCAUGAUCUAGAGCAGCUUAACUGUCUCCUCCACAUGGUGAAGAGCCUGGUUCAGAACCUUUACCUGUACCUCUGCUCGUACGUACGCAUCCCGGUGUCCAGCGUCGUGUACUGCAUCCUGGAGCCGCUGGUCGCCUCCAACUCCCUUAACGACCACCGGAUCCUUAGGGAGUACGCAGCUCUGCGGGUCAGCCACAUGUUCUGGACCCAUGGAGCCCUGGUCAGUGGUCUGUACCACCAGAUUCUGCUGUCUCUGCAGAAGGUUCUGUCAGACCCGGUCCGCCCGCUGUGUUCUCACUAUGGAGCUGGGGGGCUACAUGCACUUAGAGGAAAUGCUGUUGAGCGAGUCAUAUGUCCUUACCUGCAAUCUGUCCUGGAUGACUACUCUGUCUCCAAUGCCCAGGUGAAAGCAGACGGACACAAGGUCUAUGGAGCAAUCCUGGUGGCAGUGGAGGACCUGCUAGAGAUUAGAGCCCUGUCUCUGCCAGCAGAAGGAGCACCCAGCCACGCUUCGGGAGUUGAUUUCCGCCGGGCUCAGCCUCUCUCCGAGGCCACCCUGGGCAUCGCCAGUCACCUGCAGGGACCUGGGGGAGCUGGCACCCCCUGGAAUGACUGGACCCUCCCCCUGCCCGCCAUGUACUGUGAGCUCUACUCCUUCUUUGGAAAACAACUUGGCAGUGCGUUUCAGCACGGACCCCGACUUGGGAGGUUGCCUUCCCCUUCCCAGCCCCCUGAUACCAAUCCAGACACCACGUACAAGAUGCCCCAGCUCACCGCUAACCUCAAAAUCAACCCCUGGCAGGACGGGAGUCCUUGCACCGAGCCCUCUCCACCCAUCCUAGCUGCCACUGCUCCGGGAACACAAUGUGGGUGGGGUGGCAGGUGGCCUAGUGGUUAAGAGGGUUGGGCUAGUAACCAAAAGGUUAUUGGUUCGAGCCGACGAGGUGAAAUUUUCUGUGUGUGCCUUUGAGCAAGACACUUAAGUCUAAUUGCACCUGUAAGGCACAGCUGUCGCUAUUUGAUAUUAUUUAUAAAUAUUUGAUUAAGUUGCAUACAAUAACUGUACAAUUUACAAUGCACUUCUCUGUGCAAACAGGUAGUUACUUUCUAUCAUCUUACACAUUGUCCUUGGGAUUGGUGGACAAUCAAACUGAAAAGAAGCAACUUCUAUUGUUUAGGGAUGGAUCGACAUUUACAUAAUGCGUACCUGAAGGAAAAUGUGGGAGGGUCAUGCUUUUAACAUUUCAGUCAAGGGGUUUCAUUUUUUUUUAUUCUAGUCCAGGGUACGGUCAUGUAAUUUAUGAAAUGUCAAUAUUUCUCAGUUGCUUAUUAGGCUAUAUAUAGAUAUGCCCGAAGCCGCCCCUCAUCUCUGAUUCUCUGCUGGCUGCGCAAUAUCAGGUGAGCCUAUAGGCUAUUUAGUGUGGUCUCAAUCACAUUAUCCAUAGCCUAUAGGCUACGAAGUGCAUGCUCAGAGAAGCACAGAGCAAAGUUAUAUUUCUAAGAUAGUUGCUGGGAUGGUGUAAAUAAAACUAGGCUGUAUUACACACUGUGAUGGAUAUUACAACCCUGAGUCCCGGCCAGCUCUGCUCUUGCUGAUGAAAAACGUUUUUUGUGUGCUGCCUAACAAUGGCUGUGCUGUGUAGGCUUACAGUGGCAGUUCAGGAGGAGAGUCAAAUGUUUGUUGUUGCUUGGACUAGCCUAUAGCCUAUGUUCUGUUCAGUUUGAGAAGGAGGACUGGAGGUCAACUUUGAUAGCUUGCUACUACUAUAAUUGAAUUGAUUAAAAACAAGAUGUUUCUUACCCAUGAUGUAGGCCUAUUUUUAUCAGUUAUUGACCUCACAAUAAGCCAGAUUCGAGUAACUUACAUUGUGGUGCUGAAACUUGAAGCAGCAGCCGCAUCUGAAAUGGACAUCUCAUGGAGAUUAAAUUAGGCAUAAUUAAUUUCAACCGUCUUCAUUUUAAUUAGACUUGACUAAGAAGAAGGUUUUCUGUUUCUGCAUUGCUUGCUGUUUGGGGUUUUGGUCUGGGUUUCUGUACAACACUUUGUGACAUCUGCUGAUGUAAAAAGGCUUUAUAAAUACAUUUGAUUGUGUUGGAGUUUAUUUCUUCCUAUUUAAGAAAUAACAGGUAGGCUGUAGGCUGCUAUAUACAUAGAUUUGUCGGUCAAUUCCUGCACCCACAAUGCACUCUUUAAAUAGCCUAUCUCCGUGUCAGUUAGCCUAUCUCCGUGUCAAUGAAGUGACGGGCUUUCCGAGUCUUUUCGGUGAGCCUACUCAUUUGGCUUCAAACCGCUCUUCGUUCAAAAUGCUUAAAAGUGACACGCCCUGAUCUGUUUCACCUGUCUUUGUGCUUGUCUCCACCCCCCUCCAGGUGUCACCCAUCUUCCCCAUUAUCCCCUGUGUAUUUAUACCUGUGUUCUCUGUUUGUCUGUUGCCAGUUCGUUUUGUUUCCCUGUUCCUUGCACCUGUUUUCUAGUUUCCCAGUUCUGCCUGACCCGACACUGAGCCCGCCUGCUGUCAUGUACCUUACACCCUCUCUGAAUUAUUGACCCCUGCCUGCCUCGUCUUGACGUCUGCCUGCCCCUGUUUAAGGAAUAAACUUUUGUUUCUUCAA